AUGGCUAAGGGCAGCAGGGCGCACAGUGCGCACAGGGCAGCAGGGCGCACAGGGCAGCAGGGCAGCAGGGCGCGCGGGGCGCACAGGGCUGCAGGGCGCGCGGGGCGCACAGGGCAGCAGGGCAGCAGGGCGCACAGGGCUGCAGGGCAGCAGGGCGCGCGGGGCAAACAGGGCAGCAGGGCGCACACGGCUGCAGGGCAGCAGGGCGCACAGGGCUGCAGGGCAGCAGGGCGCGCGGGGCGCGCAUGGCUGCAGUGCGCGCAGGGCGCGCAGGGCAACAGGACAGCAGGGCGCGCAGGGCGCGCAGGGCUGCAGGGCGCACGGGGCGCAGCAGGGCUGCAGGGCGCGUGGGGCGCGCAGGGCAGCAGCAAGGGCUGUAGCGGCAACAGCAAGGGCUGUAGCGGCAGCAGCAGGGUAGCAGGGCGCACAGGGCUGCAGGGCAGCAGGGCGCGCGGGGCGCGCAGGGCUGCAGGGCGCGCGGGGGGCACAGGGCUGCAGGGCGCGCGGGGCGCACAGGGCAGCAGGGCAGCAGGGCGCACAGGGCUGCAGGGCAGCAGGGCGCGCAGGGCAAACAGGGCAGCAGGGCGCACAGGGCUGCAGGGCAGCAGGGCGCACAGGGCUGCAGGGCAGCAGGGCGCGCGGGGCGCGCAGGGCUGCAGACGCGCGGGGCGCACAGGGCAGCAGGGCGCGCGGGGCGCAGCAGGGCUGCAGGGCGCGCGGGGCGCGCAGGGCGGCAGCAAGGGCUGUAGCGGCAACAGCAAGGGCUGUAGCGGCAGCAGCAGGGCAGCAGGGCGCACAGGGCUGCAGGGCAGCAGGGCGCACAGGGCUGCAGGGCAGCAGGGUGCGCGGGGCGCGCAGGGCUGCAGGGCGCGCAUGGCGCGCAGGGCAGCAGGACAGCAGGGCACGAGGGGCAUACAGGGCAGCAGGGCGCACAGGGCUGCAGGGCAGCAGGGUGCACAGGGCUGCAGGGCAGCAGUGCGCGUGGGGCGCGCAGGGCUGCAGUGCGCGCAAGGCGCGCAGGGCAGCAGGACAGCAGGGCGCGCAGGGCGCGCAGGGCUGCAGGGCAGCACAGGGCUGCAGAUCCCCUCCCCCCCACCGCUGCACCCGCAGCAGGGGGAUGGAGGAGAAGUGGGGGGGGGAGGGGGGGGCUGA